CUUCGAAGUCACCCUGUAUACCCCGACCCACUGAUGAUCUCGGACGUCUAGGCGAUGAUGUUGAUAUGAUAUUCAGUAAUUUAGCGAAAUAUUCAGUUCCAUCGUUUCUGAAGUCAUAUGUAGAACAAUAUGCUUUACGAAGUACAUUAGUUUUAAUCAUUAUAUUUUUGAAUGUGUUCAAGUUUCGGGAGUCUAAAUUCUUUGUAUCAGGCAGUUUGUCCAAAAAUAUCAAAUCGAGUAAUUCGGGAGACAUUUUAAAUUUUAUUCUCUCCUUCUUCUUCUCAGAAUCCAAUAGCAGGAGUAACUCUGCACACAGUAGAAGCAAUCCACACCUUUGUGCCUACCCAUGCUGAAGUAUCCUAGAAUAGAAGUCUGAUUUUCUGCCAUUGCGUCAUCAAAAAUGAAUAUUGAGUUCGGCUUGACUUUCGAUGGCGGUAAGAUAUCAGCAUUAUUA